UCGAAAAAUUCUCUCCAUUCGCGACGCUCCAUUCCAACGUCUCCUUCCCCCAAAUCUCUCUCUCCGUCACCAUCGCCGCCGCCGCCGGCCAUGGCCUCGGUCACGCCGGGGGUGCUGCUCAAGCUUCUGCAGGCGAUGCACACCGACGACCGCGUCGCCGGCGACCACCGCUCCCCGGUCCUCCAGGUCACCGCCGUAGUCCCCGCCCUCACCGCCUCCACCGCCGACUCCCUCUGGCCCCCCAACGGCUUCCUCCUCCAGCUCUCCGACGGCCUCCACUCCACCUACGUCCAGCUCCCCGCCGACGAAGCCGACGCCCUCGUCUCCGCGCGCCCGCAGCUCGUCGGCCACCUCGUCCACCUCGACCGCCUCCGCUUCGCCCGCCCGGUUCCCCGCGCGCUCGGGAUCCGCCCCGUGCCCUCCUCCCGCAGCGUCUCCUUCGUCGGCACCCCGGAGCCGCUCGUCGCUCGCCCGGCCGCCUGCUCCCGCGGCUACGUCAUCCAGCCUGGCUCGCACUCCGACGCCGCGCCGCCGCUCAUGCCAUCCGGUUCCGCCAAUGUGGGGCAGUCCGAUGCGACGGAUGCCGUCAAGAGGACGGUUCUUGCUCCUAAGAACGUUUCAGAGGCUGCGGCGCCCCCGGCCAGCUCGGCCGCCAAGCGCCGCUUCUCGUCGCCGGCGCCGUCCAAGCAGCGGGAUCCAUCGCCUGCGCUGAAGGGAGCGUCACGGCCUUCGUCGCCCUCGGUGAAGGGCGCCUCCCGACCAUCAUCACCUGCAGUCAGGGGCAAAUCCAGGGCAACAUCACCGGCGCCGUCCAAAUGCGUGGUGCCCAGUCUUGCUGCAGCUAAGGAGGAGAACCGUCGCACAGCGAGGGAGCCGGCGAUUGUCGUGCCAUCAAGGUACAGGCAACCGUCACCUGUAGGAGGGAGGAGAGGGGCGGCGUCGCCCGCGCCAGGAGGGAGGCGCGCGUCACUGUCGCCAAGUUCACGGCGGUUGUCCGGGGAAGGUAGCAGCAAGAAGAAGGUCGGGGUGUUGGUGGCUGGUAUCUCCAAAAUGACAGAUUUGACGAAUGGAUCAGCCGUUAAGCCGGGGAGGAAGAGCUGGGACAAUACCUCAACAGCAGCGGCGGCUGGCUCUCUGAUGAAAUCGAAGGUCAAGGUGGAUAAGGAUACUAUUCUGAGGACACAGGAAGCAAUGGCUCGGCGACUAAGUGAUGUUACAACAGAACUAUCCAGUAAUGAUGGAGAUUCAUCUGUAGAUGAGAAGCCAAAGCCACGGAAGAAGACAGAGUCUACAUCAGUAAAGACGAAAGCCGCGGCUCCAAAAAUUGUGCUUCAUGAUCCGAAAUGGACCGAUGGAACCAUUUCACUAGAUGGAGUUUCUGAUGUACUGUCAAAGAUGGGGAAGGAAGCCACUGAACGAAGAGAUGCAGCAGCAAUUGCUGCAGUUGAUGCUCUGCAGGAGGCAUUGAUCACUGAAUCUGUUAUCAGGAACCUAAGUAAAUUUUCUGAACUUUCUUCAGCAUCGAAAACCUCCAAUCCCCUUCCGACAGUAGACAUUUUCCUUGCUAUCUAUGAAGAUACUCUCAAGUGGAAGAAAAUUUCUGAGUCUAUUGCCACCAGUGGAACUGAAACUGUAUUGUGGGAGAACUCAACUACCCAUUGGGUUGAAGCAGCAUUGGCAACUGAUCUUGAAGUCCUAAAGUUAAUGAAUAGGGCACCUGAAUCAUUCUCUCGGAAGAGAGGUGCUGAUAAACCAAAGGCUCCCUCGGCGGUGGAACCUCCAAAAACAACCCUGUCCAAGAGGCAGUCACAUGGAGCUCCUGCAAAGGUCCAGUCAAAGGUCUCACCAAGCCCGACAGCAGCCUGCACAUGGAAUAAAACUCAGGGCGUGAACGAGACGGCUGAUCUUGCCACGGCCUUGUGCCGUGAGAUGCAUACGUGGUUCCUGAAAUUUGUGGACGAGGCAAUGGAUUUGGGUUUCCACCUGUUUGAAGAUCAAAAUAUUGCAAGUAGGGGAAAGCAGAGCAGCCACAUAACAAUGGUACUGUCCCAGUUCAAGAAGAUCAGUGACUGGUUGGAUGGAGUAGGCAAGAUUGCUGAAGAGGCGACAACCAAGGAUAAGGUUGAGCAGUUGAAGUGCAAGAUUUACGGGUUUGUCAUCAAUCACAUGGGGUCUGCAUUUGAGAGCUCGGUCUCAGUUUCAUCAAGAAGUUGAGGAAUGCUUCAAGUAAGCUUUGAAGUUUUUUCUCUUGUAUUUUUGUUUUUAGGGGAUGGGAUUAAUUCUGUGAUGAAAAAAGGGUGUGCUACAGUCUGUAGAAGCUACUCUAAAGUUAUUACCUUUGUUUUGCCUUGUGAAUAAGUUAUUUGUGUUAUACUAUUAUUGAAAUGCUUCCUGUCUUAUUGGUUACAACUAUGUACACUUGAUAGCUUAGCUUGUUGUAGUCUGAGUGAAUGACUAUGGCCAGUUAAAGCUACAAGAUUGCAUUCUUACAUCCUUGCAAAUAUUGUGCUAGGGUUAAUUGUAUGUUUGGUUGGUGUCCAAUCUUUU